AUGACUCGAACGACAAGUGACCCAUUGGAUGACAGGCUAUCAACACUCUGGCAUUCAGCCUGUGACGACUAUGCUAAAGAAACGGGGAUUGCGCUUAGCGAUGGCGACUUCCCCAAGAUCCACGGUCCCGAGGAUCUGUCGCGUCAGCUAGACGCAGAGAAGGACCAUUUCGAGGACUUUCGAAUGAAAAGACGACCGCUCUUGCAUGCUAUGCAGAUGAUCCUGGCACCGUUCGAGAACUGGGGAGAUCUGCUUGCGGGUGCAGCCUCCGCAGCUUUUCCUCCGGCGUCGUCCAUCAUGGGCGCCAUGAUGCUUCUCAUUCGAGGUGCUCGCAGAGUCAGCGAAUCGUUCGACAUGCUUAUGGACCUGUUUCACAAACUCGGUCAUUUUGCUCUCCGUCUGGACUCGUACAAGGGGGUUUCUCUCAGUGAAGGGAUGAAGACCAUCAUUGUCAAAGUCUUGGUCAAUUUCCUUCGUGUCUGUGCGGCGUCGCAGAAAUUGCUAAGUCGGGGGUCGCUCAGAGCAAGACUUACCAAAUGGACAAAGAACGUCCUGGUUGAGGAUACGUCGAUUAGUUCGCUCCUGGACGAGCUGGAGGAGUUGACGAGCCAGGAACACAAGAUGGUAUCUGCGCAUGGGCUCGACCUCACUCACCAGGCGCUCAGAAACACCGCGGAAUUACUCGAGCGAGAUGACAACAGGAACGAGCGCGAGAGACUGGAUAGAGUGAAGAAAGCAUUAGAUCCCGUCUCCGCGUCCGGCCGCGUCUUCUCCUCAAUCAAGGAGAAUCGCAUACCUGGAUCGGGCAGCUGGAUUGACGACAGGAUCGGUCCUGGUGGCAGAGUCCCGAGCUUUUACUCUGGAUUCACGGAGGUCCUGAGGAAGCUCUUGCUUGACUUCUUCGUCAAGUCUCCACCGGACGCCGCAACGUGCUUUAUCAUUGACGGUAUCGACGAGGCCGAUCCAGAGGAGCAAGAAAUCCUCUUUAGUCUGCUCGAGAGCACGUAUGCGACAGAGGACCAGACAAGCCCAACCGCACCAAUCCGAGUCGUACUUCUGGGCAGGGAUUCAGUGCGCGGCAUUCUCGAGGAACACUCCCUCGGAUGGAUUCCGGAGAUCGAAAUCACCAAUAACCAGAAUAAGGACGACCUUCACAGAUACGUCUCUCAGAAGCUGCAGAAGACGAAGUUGUUUCGCGGCUAUCCAGACUUCCUAGACGAAGUUGUCCAGGAUAUUUGUGGGCAAGCGGAAGGCCUCUGGGAAUGGGCGAACCUUGUCAUCAAAUCUGUUCUGCGCUGCCGGUCCAAGGAACAGAUUCGGAAAGUGGUCCGGACGAUGCCGCGAGGAAUCAGUGCAAUGCUACAUGCAGAAUUGCAGCGUUUGGCUAGAGAGUUGUCGGGCUCGGAUGCAAUGUCGACUGAGUUUUCCGAUGGGGAAGGAUCAUCCGGGGAAGCAACGACGCAGAUUCAACAGCUCAACCUUUUACUCUCGUUUGUGACAAUGGCUCAAAAGCCGCUGACGGUGGACCAACUCGACCUUAUCUUGGAGGUCAUCCUUGAAGAGGAGGUUCUGAGUCUUGAGGAUGAUCUUCGCACGGUAUACUCAUCCCUCUUUUCGCUCCGUCCCGCGCUGGUUGAAGAAGAAGAUGAUGAUGAAGUAGAGGAAGACGCAGUUAUUGUAACUCUGCGACAUAGUUCUUUCUAUGAAUUUUUCAGCACAUCUGUGGAGGCCGCACCCAUUCAGGUCGACCCUGACCGAGCGGAGGCGUCCUUUGUAUUUGUCUUACUCUAUGCUCUCCAAAGAAGAAAUGCACCCAAAUCAGAGAGGGUGCUAGGACCGAUCAGCGGGUAUGCUCAGAAAUUCCUACCGCUGCAUCUCGAGCGUGCAAAUCCAGAAAAGGCAGCAAGUCGGAGAGAAGAAAUAGCCACUCUGCUUGCCGCUCUCCUCACCGAGGAGCCGAUACUCAACCCUCAGCACUGGCUCAUUGAACAAUACCACGUAAUCUAUGUUGCCACAUACAAUCAAUAUCUGUGCUCUCGCGCAACAGAGAUCGCUUGUUACUGGUGGAAUACUCAGAAACGUGACACGGCGAACCAGAGGGCAGAGCUGGUCCUGAAUUGGCUCUCCCCAGAUACGAAACAGCUCCUGCAGGAUUGUGCUCGAUCUUCGACGGUGGCAAGCGAUGCCUAUAUCGAAGAGGAAGAUGGAUUACCGGAAGGUCUCUCCACCUUCCUAUUUGUAUACGCUCAAAUGGCAGGCACCGAAUUCCCAACCGCCGAGGGGAAGCUGGCAGGGGUAGUACGCAUAGCAUUGAGGACUGUCGAGAUCAUGCAGGUUGCCGAGAUGCAGCGUCUCGAGAAGACGCCCGUCUGGCAUGCUCGAGUGGCUCAGGCGCUCCUCCUGCAUAAUAACUUCAAGACAGCCCUCGAACAAUUCCAGAUCUGUCUUGAUGAACAUCAGCGCAACCCUAUCCUGAGCAAACAAGCGCUAUCUGCGAUUCACAGAGACAUGGCUCGCGCGUGUACCGAGACCGGAAGGUACAGAGAGGCAUUAGAACACUCUGAUCUGGCCGAGUCGCUGCACGACGCCUCCUGGGAUAGUGGCUGGCAGGAUCCUAUUGGCAGACUGCUGAACACUGCGCAAAUGAAGCACUUUGCGAAAAUGACCGAUAAAGCUGUUGCCACCGCAGAUGGGGCCUGGGAAACGUACCUGGGACAAAAGGAGGAUUAUCGAGACAGGUAUACGCUGCAUUCAUUCUUCUCGGUCUUCCUGGAGCUGCACCAGACACACCGUGUUCAAGAUGUGUUGGAUUUUGCCGCUUCUCAUCCUCAGGAGUUUCAGUUUACCGAAAGAGUAGGUUUGGUCGAGUUCCUCGCUUCAACAAUGACUUGGAUACGCCGUCUAAUAUAUAGGGUCCUUCACCAUGCGCGGACACGGGACGACGGGAAGCUUAUUGAUCUUGUUGCCUCGGCUGCGGCCAGACUCGAGGCCUCCGAGGGGAAAAUAACAGAUGACCUGGCGGCGGCGAAAUACUUCAUCGCGUCACUGAUGGUCGAAAACCGCCGGUUCAGCGCAGGAAUCCAAGCUUGGUACCAGCUUGCCGCCCUCGACAACCCUCGUGGGGAUAUGGAAAGGGCUCAGGUGCGGUCACUGAGUCGCUUAGCAGCCGUGUGUCUAUGCCAUCCGGAGAUUCCAUUGUGCGACGAGCCCCCUCUGAGAUUGGAUGAAAAGGCCGAGUACAGUGAUAUCUGUCUGGUCAUCUCGAGUUGGCUGCGUAUCGAGCUGUUGUCGGACGACGAUCCUUCCAACGAUGAUGAUGCCUUCCUGAGCCUCUUUCAGACGUUUCUGACGGCUGCGGACAGUGAUGAAGAUCUGAGCGGGGCCUUGUAUUUGACCAAGGCCUGGUACAAGGACUAUCUGCGGGAAGCGAAGAGAGACAAUCCCAUAUCAGAAGGUGGCGUUGCCGAAUCUUUGAACCAAGUGCACCUUGUCGAUGAUGAGCCCCAAGUACCGGAUGAUGAGGUCUCUGAACGCCGGAUCUCGUACACGAUCGACUAUUUCGCCGAGUGUUCGAACUGCAAGUGUGAGAUGAGAUCGAUCUGCCACUGGUACUUUUGUUUUUGUUGCCCGUUCAUGAUGCUGUGUCAAUGGUGUUACCACGAUAUCAAGUCAGCCUUAUCCCAGGAUGGUGCGUCCCAUCCCCAGGGUAUCUGCGACCCUCGGCACGAGUUUUAUUAUACCGGCGGUCCGCUUCAGGCCUUUGAGCGUGUACCCGAAGGGAUGAUGGUCCUUGACGGUCUUGAUGGAACGAGGCGAACGGCAUGGAUCGAAGAAUGGAAGGAUCAGCUGUCGGAGAAGUGGGAGACGGCGGACUUUGCCUUUGAGGGAGGACUGUCGGCCUGGUGUAUGCGAAUAUUGCCGGAGCCACAGAGAUCUCGGUGGGCUAGAUUAUUUAGGUGUGAUUAG